GGAGCGACAUUUAAAGAUCCAGGUGGUGGUUGAGAUUCCGCUAAAAGACACAACAAUAGCGUACCUUCACUGUUGCACUACGUUGCUCGGGUUUCGUAGCCCCUGAGUAAAAUAAAAUAUUAAAAUGCUGGUUUAAUGGAAAGGAUCCAAUAUCUCUUGCAGUAACCACAGUUUCGAUCUCUCCAGAAACCGGGAGAAAACUCUCUGGAAGCGGCAGACACAGCCAAGUUUUACAGAACGAACUCCCCUUUCGUAAUUCAAGACGUUUUGACACGCGUCCACUCAAUCUAAGAUUACAUUGAUUAAGGCGGAUUUAUUAAAUAGAUCUUUGGAAAAAUGUUUAAGAAAAGCAAGAGCAAAGUGUUAGUGGAUUAUGCGUCGGAGGAUGAAAUGUCCUGGCAUCACCAACACACUUACAAGGAUAAGGACCAAGAGGAGCAGGAGGAGGAGGAGGAAGAAGCAUUGAGCACUGUAUCCAAGGAGGUGAAAGUUAAGAAGGUCAAGUCCAAGAAGGAGAGGAGGGAUAAGAAGAUGUUUUCUUCUCCAGACGAUGAGCAUUUUCUACUGACAGGAGUCACACUUGCUAACCGUAGAGGGUCCCACAAGAAGAGCAAGGAGGAAGACAUGGAGAAGAACAAGCAUAUCACAGAGAAAGGCCACUGCUUCUGGGAAAAUGUCACCAUGACGAUGAGGCAAAUCACACCCACCAGGAAACUGGACAAAAUUGAGGGCUGGGCUCCACCACAGCUGGUCGACCCAAUGGAGACAACCACUGAGGAGGUAGUGGAGGCCCAGAGUGGGACCAGGAACUUGCCUGUGUCCUUCCCCCAGGUCCUGGGGCUGCCCUCCUGGACAGGUAUGGGUCUGGAGGAGGACUCGUCGUGCUACACCAACCUGUCAGAAUCUCGGGAUUCCACAGCUGUCAGGUGGACAGCCCGCGCCAAAGGCAAGCUGGCUGGAAUCAGGAGGCGGAGCCGGGGGAACUUGUCAGAGACAUGGGAAGGAUUUAAAUAAAAGCCACAGCCCUUACCUGCCAGCAAUCCCUCCCACUUAUGUCCUCUCCUCAAAUUAAGAGUCUUUCUUUCUGUGCUGGUUAAAGAACUGAAUUUGUAUUCUAGAGUUGUCAUUCACUUUUCAGUACAGGACAGAUUUACACAGUGAAUUUGCUUGCUCAUUCGACCACAAAGCAGACAAGUUAAACAACAAAGACCAGACCUAAAGUUACUUAAAUUUAAAAAA